GCACCACUGCUCCUUGAAUUUGCCUAACAAGUCACUACCUGCUUGUCACUGUAGCCUGCAGUUACGUGAUUCCCUUCGCCUAACCCCAAAUGUUGUGCGACAGAGAGCAGGAGACUUCUUGGAUCUUUGUGGGAGCAACAUGAAAGCUUAAAAAACAGGCUCGGUGGCAUUCCCUGCAGUCAACAGCUUAAAUAAUUUGUCCCAGACACUGAGUACAGAGAUACCUGCAACGCCCUGACAGGUGCUGCUUUUCCGGGAUUUUACCUGACUGCGUUAUUAAUCAUCUUAGUCUUGCCAACAGGAAGCAACUUGCUGAGAGGGUGUGACGACGGUACAGGAUUAAAAGCCGAACCCUGGCAAACUGUCAGCAAAACCACAUGAGAAACUUGUGGUGCUGCCUGUUUGAAAGCGGCUCAGUAAUCCUGGAUCAGAGAGAACAAAGGGCCCCAGAGUGCUGGUGAUGUAAGCACUGUGUCCACUGCUUGCCCCCCACAACUGCUCUCCCCUCUCCCACAUGCUGCCUGCCCAGGGGAUGAGGUGAGACAGGGAGGAAGGUCCCUGUCGUGGAGGAUCCUGAAGAGGCAACCGGUGUUAGCGGCAGGCUAACGGCAGUCUGUGUGCUGUCUCAGGGCCGCUGCUGAUGACCUGGGACCCAGUGGGAGAGGAGAACGUUUUGACCGAAUUGCUGUACAGGAAUGUGGCUAAGCUGUGGGGAGUGGUGCAUCGGCUCAGUGUGACCAGCAGAAUAGACCAAGGGACUUUUACUGCCUCUUUACUACACUUUCCUUGGAAGGCCACGUUGCCAUAGGUUGGCGCUCUCUAAGUUCCCCAAUGGACUCGAUGCAGGACUCAAGUCGCACCAUGGGGGGUCUGAAUGCCCGUCUGAAGGGCUUCUUGGAGCAGGUGAACAGGCUGCAGGAGGCCAACCAGCGGCUGGAGGCUCAGAUCGCAGACUGGGGGGCCAGGAGCCCGCCACGCUCCCAGGACUGGACCCAGCAGGAACAGACUGUCAACGAGCUCCGUGCCCAGGUUGGUAACCUGCUGAUGGAGAAUGCCCAGCUGUCAUUACAGUCUGAAAGCAUGAAAUCCAGAGCUGCUGCCAUCCAGGCCAGGUGUGAGACGGAGGAGAUUACCACCCUGCGUCUGGAGCAGCAGGUGGCUGUGCUCAGGGAGUCCAAGAGGAAGGCAGACCAGAGCAGCACCACCCUGCAGGCAGACCUCCGUCACUCCAUGACGGAUCUGCAGGAGAUGCACCGGGAGUUUGAGGCAGCCCAGGCUCUGCAGCUGCAGCGGGCCGGCUCCUGCGAUCUUCUGUUAGCAGCAGCAGCAGCAGGAGGGGAGGUGGAGGAUGGCACAGCGAUGGAGCUCACCCAGCUCCUCGACCGAAUCAGAGCGCAGUGCGACCGGGGAAGGAGUCCCAGCCUGGGGGUCGGGUCCAAUCCGCUCCCUGGCUUCGCUGGGCCCAGCCACUCUGGGGCAGCAGCAUCCAGGACACACGGAGGAGUUCUCAGUGAGGAAGAGGCAGCAUGGGCGCAGGUGAGCCUCGGCGGCGCCGCCCUGCGGGAGGCCCGGGCCGAGCUGGCCGAGGCCCGGAGGCAGUGGCACUCCCUGCAGGUGGAGAUUGAGACCCUGCAUGCCUUGGAGAAAGGCCUGGAGAGCUCUCUGCAGAACACUCAGCGGCUGUACUCCAGCCAGCUGCAGGACCUCUCCCAGGUGAUCGCUGGGCUGGAGAGUGAGCUGGAGCAGGUGAGGAGCGGCCUCGCCACCCAGCGUCAGCGCCACAGCGAGCUCCUCAACACCAAGAUGAGGCUGGAGCGAGAGAUCUCCACUUACAGACGUCUGCUGGAGCGGGAGGAGGGCAGGCACAUGGGCCAAAAUGGGCAGCCAAUGGGUCUGCGUCCCUGGAGGUUUUCCAUGGAGGAACCUAAGGAGCUAGGGCUAGAGAAUGGCUUCAGUGACCCGGCUGUUACUCCCGACGAACCCAAGUCCGAGCCCCUCCCUGAAAUACCUUCACUCCUCCCUGCAGAGAGUGGACAAAAGAAAAGCAUACUGCGAAGACAGCAAAGCCUUUUGAUUCUUACAGACCCAGAGCAAGAUAAAGACUUGCCAAUCUCCACUGUGAAGACUCAGGAGAUUCUUCAGGGCAAUGUGGUGCGGGAGAGUGCAGAGGGACACGGCACCAUCGAGACAGAGAAGAUUGACAAAGUGAUAAAGCAGUGGGAGGGCUCUUUCUUCAGAGGGAAUCCCAAGCUGCGCAGGAAGUCUGUGUCGCUGCGCUUCGACCUGCACAUGGCCGCGGCCAACGAAGGCUGCAGACCAAAACAGGACAGCCUGCCCGACGUGGAGGUGUGUCUGAUCAUGAAGAGGUCUCGCAGCAUCCCCACCAUCACACAGUGACCGCUCUGCCACAUCAACACUGCUAUGUUGUACCACGGGUUAUGUUGACGUUACAGACAUUACAGUGACACCUGGGAUAAAACCUCCCAUUGCCAUGCUUAAUAUAUAUUUCAAAAGACAACAUUCAUUGAUUUUCGCUUCAAUACUGACUCAGAUUUCUCUAAUCAAAUGUUGCAGGAUUAGCAUUAUGCAUCAGGCUUUUGUGCUGGCCCAUGUUUAGAGUGUUAGAAAACUAAAUAAAAAAACCUUGGACCUUAAUUCACUCCCUUACAGAGGAUAGCAAUUUAAUAUAUGAAUCAGAUAUCUUUGUUAUCAUUCUAGUUGACAAAAAAGCCUCUUAUUACUGUCAUUGCUCAGUAUGAGGUCACUCACUGUACAAAAUAGAUUAUAUAUCAUAUGACUGCUUUACUGCAUUUCAUUCUUCGUGUGUGAAGUCACAGACUAUGACCUGCUGUGACGUAAAGGUAGAUUUAUUUUUUUAUUUUUAUUUUAGGGACUGUAUGAACAUUUCUAUGAAAAUAUUAGUGGAGGGUAUUUUUUAGCAAUUGAUUAUAAAUGUUUCACUAUCCAAUAGCAAGUCCCCCUUUCACUUAAAUCUAAAUCUCCAUGGAAAGCAUAUAAAUAUAGGGUAAUGUGCCAUAUAAAGUCAUAGUGAAUAUGAAUGUGAUGUCAUCAACGGCAAUUCGGCCAUCUUUGAAGGAUACCAGCAAAAGUAAACAAUGGACUUAAUCUGUACGGCGAGCGGAGUAUAGCAUAACUCUUUCACUUCAAACCUUUUAAACAUGGUCUGGAGGCACUGUUAUGUCAUUGGCUGUAAAUAAACAACUCUCAUGACAAACCAUGGGAUUACAUUUUAUACUUUUAUAGCUAAAUUAAAAGGAGGAUGACAUAGCGAACAUCAGCAAGGAACGCUGAAUGUGUUGAAUGGGACCCAUCUGCUGACUGUUUGAGAAUUGUCGAAGUGUUGAGAAUUGCUCAAAUACAGUAACACAAACCACUUCACCGGGGAUAAUAAUAAUAAUAAUAAUAAUAGCUUGGAUUUAUAUAGCGCCUUUCAAGGGACCCAAGGUCGCUUUACAAAUAAUAGGGCAAAAACAAACAUAACAAAACAAAAGACAGACAGACAAAACAACAGAUCGAUACGAUUUUAAUCAUAAAUGCUGCAGUUUACAAAAAUAUACUGGUAUUUUAACAUGCAUGAUUAGCCAACGUUUUAUCAGCACUCAGUUAGCCUAACAUUAGCACUCUUACCUCUGUCCAGAUGAUUUUAUAGUUGUCAUUAAAACUGUAGAUUUGAAGGUCUUGUAUCCACCUAUUUAACUUGACUUAUAUGAAAUAUGUUUAAAUUGCAGAUGGGUGUAGGCACUAGUAACAGUGAUCAGUCCAUUCUUCUCUUCAUAAGUAUACAGAUGUCAAUAAUUAACCACAUUUAUUUUAUGAUUAGCGCUCCUCUGUUUCUGCCGAAAGCUCAUUUGUAAGGGCAUUUGUAUUUUGCGCAUACUUUAUUCAAAACAGUUGAAAGCUAUUGACGGCUUGCUAAAGUUGCUAUAGAUGUUAUCCUCCCAAGAUGGCCGUGACACCCCUUGAAUGCACCGCGGUUCCCAAUCCCUACAGAGACAGUUUUAGGUUUGAAAUAAAUAAUGGUUAGAAUAUUCAAAAAACAGAAGACAAUAUUGUGUUAUGUGUUAAUUAAUUGUAAUUAUAUUACUUUGAUAUAUUUUGGGGAGGGUGUUGCAAAUUUCUCCUAGUCAAGUAGAAGGUCUUUCAAAAAUAUCAAAAAUGCUGAAGAAGGCAUUAUGUUUCCACCCAGAUCAUUUCCCCACAGUCCCUAAAUGCUUGCACAGCAGACACAUGCAGCACUAAAAUAACAAAUCCAGAUUGUGUGCACUUUGAGGGUCUUUUGUCAUUGCAGUUCAUUUUCUUUGUGGCGGGAAACACCUUUACAGCUCAAACUGAUAGAUUUUAUGAUACAUUGUCGCAAACAAAGAACACUGCUCACUGCGAGCACGCCGUGUCUCAGAGAAUUGAGAUUCCCUGUCCUAACCAGAGGAGGGCAGUAUUUGUAAAUAGUUAACACUGCAGUGUGUCUGCAAAGCUUAACACGGGUUCUGUGGCACAUGCUAUCUGUUCAACUUUACCGUUUUUAUGCUACAUUUUGAGUUGGCAUCAAAGAUAUACAAAUAUAAGUCCCAUGGUGCAUUGCAUUUUUGUGCCUCAGAAUAUAUUGAGACUAUUUAAAGAUAUUAUCUAUGCAGUUCUGUGCUCGAUUUUGCUUUGCUUCAUGAAGAACACUUCAUUUGAGGACCUCUACCUUCAGAAUGGAGCAUUGUGCUUUUAUCUAACAAUUCAUCAUUUAAAAUAAAAAAUAAUAUAUGAAC